AAAGGUGUUUCUUUCUUCUUCUUUCUUUUCCACAUAGGAUAUGCUUACAGAUUCCUUUCCAUAUAUAAAACCCUGCAAACCUGUUCUCUCCAAUUCAGAAUCAAAAGCCACUUUCAAGAAUUCUGCCAUCCCGACACUCUAGAUAUUAUUUGGUAGUCAGAGGGAGAGAAACAUGAAAACCAAUUUCUCAACUCCCUCACUUCUCUUCAACCUUACUAUUAUUUUUCUUUCCUUCCACUCUUCAGUGAGCUUAAAACCCACCCAUCAUUAUUGCAAGAAAGCAGCAAAAACUGAUCCAAAUUUCAGCUAUGAAUUUUGUGUUACAUUUCUUGAUGCCAAUCCCAUGAGCAAAAAUGCAACCCUUGAAGAGCUAGUGCUCAUAUCUGUUGAACUAACUAUAUCAAAUUCAACAAACAUCAAGUCCUACAUUUCUCAACUUCUGUACCAGAAAAAUAUGGACACAUACACUAGAGGAGCCUUAAAAGAUUGCUUGGAACUUUACUCUAAUGCAAAUUCUAAACUACAUGAAGCUAUUCGCGAUUCCAUGAAAUUGAAAGAUUAUUUCAAGGCUAAUCUUGACGUUAGUGCUGCCAUGGAUUCAUCGUCUACCUGUGAAGAUGGUUUCAAGGAAAAGAGAGGUGUGGUUUCUCCCUUGACAAAGGAGAACAAUGUGUUUUUCCAAUUGACUGCAGUUGUUCUUUCUUUUAUUAAUAUGCUAAGUUGAUUAAUACUUUUUUAUCAUUAUCUUCUUUAUAUAAAAGCUUAAUGGAGAUUUUAUUACAGUAA